ACAGUUUGACCUUCAAGUGCUCGCAACCUUUAUCAGUGGACGACACCCCUGAAGUGUUGCCGACGUUUUCCUGUGGCGAUAUGUCGUAAUGUGAUAACAUAAUUUAUAUAUUUAUUCACCUUGGGGUACAAGUGAUUUUAAUUAAAUCAGGUGGACUGAAGGCCGGAUUAAUUGGAAGAAACUAGCGAGACAUCGUAUUCUCACCAUUCAAUGCGAAAUAUAUAAAACGAAUUAUUAGUGGAUCUCACAAGUUUUGUAUCUUAAAUUAUUUUCAGAAAAGGUGUAAUAACCGCGGAAGCCUUCACUAAAAACGAAACAUCCCGAUAACUUCACUCCUACUGCUAUAUGAUAUCAUAUAUUAUAUAAUUAUGAAAUCCUAUGUAGCCGUGGUCAUUUACUCGGUCAAUUCAAAAAAUUCUGUGUUCCAGAAGAUGCGGGUUAGAUCUUUGAAAAUGGGUAUAGAAAAGGUUGAUGCCUUCGAUAAACUAAUGUUAUUUGAUUCGCUCCGAACCAGUUCGAAUUCCUGAUUUUGAAAGGUUUUGUAUGCCACUAGUUUUCUGCUCUAGAUAAUGUACGAAGAUAAAUGCUCUUGUAGUGUAGAUCCAUCUUUAUCAUGGUCUGUUGAAGGUUCUUCUUAUAAGGAAAGAUGGAUUCCUGUAACUCCACACGCAGCCAGUGGUUUCCUUGUUUCGGACCGUAAUUCAUCAAUGAGUUCUACAUUGUCUGUUGAUUUAGAAUUAGAAACUGUUUCUGGUUCCGAAAAAUCUUGUGUUUCAUUCACUUUACAUCCAGAUUAUUACGAUGACCAGGGUCUACUUUGUCUUCCAGUUUCUUCAGUUAGCGGAAUUUUGGAUGAAAUUUACCUGUACUAUCUGUUUGUAUUUGGCUACAAACCACUUCAUACAGACCACAGAACACCUCUCUACUUGUGCCUCCCUCCAGUCAAUUCAUCCCUGCAUCAAAAUGCAACCUCCCAACCAAUCAUAGUCGGUCAUGCUGGUGCUGGUGUAAAACGUGCACAUCAUGGUAAAGGGCUUGAAUGGCCUGAGAACACGAUAUGCGCCUUUCGACGUGCUGAGCAACUUGGAGUAACAAUGGUGGAAUGUGAUGCAAAUAUCACAAAAGAUUCUGAAGUCGUUUUACAUCACAACUUCACACUAGGAGUAUGUGAGCAACCGAGAAAAUCUGAAAACGAUCCACCAACUUUCAUUUUAGAACAUAAAACUGAUGGUGUAGUAAAUGAAAAUAGCACAGAUCUGAUUGUGAACUACCAAUUAUCUGGAAUUCGCAACUUAUUGAGAAAGGUCAAUGGAACGAUCGGUAAUGCAAACAUUAUCCAAAGUCAGUAUCCUAGUCCCUUAACAAUGAGUGAUCCUAUUCCAAAUAUUCAUGGUAAAGAGGCUGAACCAAUACCGUUAUUAAAAGACGCAUUCUAUCAAACUUCCACAAACCUAAGCUUUAACGUAGAGCUAAAAUAUCCCAUAGAAACGCCAUAUAAUUUAAUUGCUGAAGCAUUAAUUAAACAUAAACCUGUCGAAUCUUCUUUACCAACACCGUCCUCAUAUUUCUAUAAGAUCAACAAAUUCUGUGAUACAAUAUUAGAUACAAUAUGGUUACAUGCCGGACCCAGAUACGUUAUACUAUCUUCAUUUAACCCUGACGUAUGCUUAACUUUAAGGUUAAAACAAUCUUUUUUUCCAGUCUUGUUUAUUUCCCGUGGUGGUUAUCCAAAUGAUAGUAGUCACAAGUCAGAUCCACGACACCACAACAUAUUCUCUGCAAUAACUUGGGCACAUAUAAUGAACUUAAAUGGGAUUGUUACAGUGGGAUAUCAUUUCGGUUCGACAAAUGAUGUAGAUGAAAGGCAGCUCAAAUAUCUUGAAGCGGAUUUGGAGAGUAAACAGCUAUCCUGUUUUGUGUAUGGUGAUGGUGUGUCUGAAAUCCGUUUUUAUAGAAAAGCAUCACAACUUAACUUGACUGGAGUAAUCGUUGAUCGGUUAGAUGAAUUUAUGCAUAUGUACCAUGAACAAUGCAAAACAAGUACGCAAUUAGAGUCUCCAAACCUUUAAUUAAUUUCAUGAAUUUUAAACAUAUAUUUAAUUGAUAGACAGUAAAUUUGUACAAUUAACUUUUUUUUGUAAAAAAUGUUUACUGGUAUAAAGAAAAUUUAGUUAAAGAUCACAUGUAUAUUUAGUUACGUACUUUUUUUGUGUAGUACGUAAAAGUUUGGACAUAAAAAUCUCAUAACAAACCUCUAAGAAAUAUUUACAUAUGGAAAGCAGAAGUUAGUGAACGUAAAUAAUUGGAAGUUUAGAUGCAUUGGAAGACUACUUUAUCACGCAAAGCAAAUGUCAAUGCUUUUGGGCACUUUUGAUUCGAUCUAGUCUUCGUUUCAAAUCCAUUAGUUCAGUGGUGGACAUAGUAGGCCUUUGUUCUGUUUCAGGUCGAACAUUUUCAUCAGGAGAAUCACCUUUUGGUUGAACCAUAUUCUGAAAAAUAAAAUUUUAUUUGCUAUGCAUAAUUUAAAGUUAAUCUCUAUAUGUGAACAGCGAAAGUAAUCCUUCAUCAGAAAUCAUCAAUAAAUCUUGUGCUAUUGCUGGAAACUUCGAUUUCAAAUCACUGUUUUGAUAAUACAGAUGAUCAGUUGGAGACCGUAGCGAAGAUCUAUCACACUACAUGCAUACUCAGAUAAUAAACCUCAAAACUGCUACAGUAACAAACAGACACUUGACAAUUAUAUGUUAGUUGUUGCACUACUUCACAUGUUUCUACAUAAGCAGUCGAAUCCAAAUGAAUAUGAACGAGAAGAAUAAUUCUACAUCAGAGUUUCAGAAAUAAUGGCAACUGGUUCAGUUUAGCUUUACUCAGCUCAGUUUUGGUAGUUAUGUUGUAAUCUUUGUAAUUGCAAAUAGAGGCCAGUACAAAUAUUUUUUUUAAAACUUAAUUUGCACGACUGUU